UUCAGUGAAUCAAUUCUUAAUCACAAGUUCACAAACUACAACAGAAUAGGAAACAUAGAGAUACAGCAUGCAUGAAAAUCAGCAAACAGCAUGCACCUCUAUCACUAUGUAUGAAUAAUUGAAUAUGAUGAAGAUAACAAUAUAACAUUAUGUACGCCCAACUUUUUCAUCAUUAUUUUUCUUUAUAUAAAAUAUAGAUUGAAAUUAUAUAUAAAAUAACACAUGUUGAUGUGCAUGUAUAUUUUUGUUGAUUACAUAAAACAAAAGAAAUGUCACCAGACCUGCGACAAAAAAGGGUUGUAGAAUGCUAAAAUCAUGCUCUUCUAUCUUCAUGUACCAUUGCCAUCUACGUGCUACCCAAAUUAUUAUCAUUAAUCAUUAUGAAUUAUGAAUUAAAAUGACAAACAACAAGUUAUGAUUAAGAAUCAUUAUGCCACUUUUUUCCAUUUUCGUCCCAACUUUUCCUAUCUCCGACCACUGAUCAAUCGCAUCAACGCACGCCUGCAUUUAUGCCAAUGUCGUCUAAAGCUUAAGACUUUGAAGCUUUUUUCAUGUCAAACUGUUAUGGGGUGUGAGAAAGUUGGUUCCUUUACAGCUGAAAUAAUUGUAUUGAGAAGCUAAGGGAUGAUCGUUCUGGAAUUGGGUGUUAUUGUGGAUCAUUGUGCUUCUAGAUACAUAUGUUGCGGAGAAUAGGAUGGUUUGUGAGUCUGAAUCAAAGGCUUUUGGCAGCAAAAAGGUCGCAGAAUGUGGAGCAACCCGGCACCCCUGCAAGACCAAUUCAGAAGCAGCUCAAUGCUGUUCAUGAAAUUGCCAUUUACAUUCACAGGUUUCAUAAUCUCGACCUUUUUGAAGAAGGAUGGUACAAAAUCAAAAUUACCAUGAGAUGGGAGGAUGGUGAAGACUCCUAUCCUGGGAUUCCUGCAAGGGUUGUACAAUAUGAAGCUCCUGAAGUGGGUGCUAACAGUUCAUCUAGAGUUUGGAUGAUUGAUGAUACAGACCAUAGUUUUUCAACACCGCCAUUUCAAAUAUCAUAUGCAAGGCAGGAUGUAUUCCUUUCUAUCAUGAUCUCAUUCUAUGUAUCAUUCCGUGGAUAUGAGGAGAAAACUUCUGCUGUUAUAUUGAAAUUUGAACUCGUGCACUCUCCAACACCUGAAUUUCGGACUGGGUUGCUGGAUUCUUGUGGUUCAGUUCAUGAGUACAGAAUUCCCCCAAAAGCUCUUCUGGGAUCACAUUCAUAUUGUCCUGUUUAUUUUGAUUCUUUCCAUGCUGUCCUUGUUGAUACAAGUGUUCAUAUCACUUUACUAAAACCUAGUUAUCGAACAGCCCGACAGAAGUUUAAUUAUAGCAGUGCUUCUCAGACAUCUGAAGACACUUAUGAUGAAGAUUAUGUUAGAUCAAACACGGUUGUGCUUAUCAAAUCAAUGAUGGCUGCCCAUGAUUUCCUUCUUGAAGACCUGAGAAGAAUAAGCAAAGGAAUCAACCAAGAUAUUGAUUUGAAUGGAAUUACUUUGAAACAAGAUAUUGCUGAGGGUAAAUUGUCACCUCAAUCUUCAAUGAAGCCAAAAGCUGAUGCUGAGAAAGCCGAUAAUGAUAUGAGCCGUCUUAAUGAGGAAUCAAUUCAACAUUUUUCAUGGGAUGAUAUGUUAAACUCUUUCCAGUCUAUGGGGAGUCAACUCUUAAAUAUCUGGAAUGCAUUUCUUAGCUUUCACAGGGAAAAUAAAACAAAGAUACUGGAGUUUCUGUUUAACUCAUGGGCUAAUGAUCGAAAAACUGAAUGUUCAAUAUGGAUGGUGUACUCAAAGGUUGAGAUGCCUCACCAGUACAUGAAUAAUGAUGUUGAGGGGACUUCACGUUUCUAUGGAUUACUAAGAAGAUCACUAAGUACAAGGAGGUUAUCAGAUGAUCCUGUUCAGACAUCAAUAAUGCGAGCUGAACUCCAUAGACAAGGUAUAGCACAAAUGAGGAUUAACAGCCGGUCACUUCAAGACAUGUUCAUGUUCGGAGAUCCUUCGCAAGUUCCUAUUGUUAUUGUAGAGCGCUUAGCAAACAUCACAAGGUCCGUGAGUGUGAAUUCUUAUCUCACUCCUUUGGACGUGGAAAAUGGAUCUACAACAUGCGAGUUGUCUGAGAGUAACCUGUUUCAAAAUGAGGAUGUUCUGAGAGUAGUUGUUUUUGUUCAUGGGUUUCAGGGACAUCAUUUGGAUUUACGGCUUGUUCGGAAUCAAUGGGUUAUAAUAGACCCCAAAGUAAAGUUUCUUAUGUCAGAAGCAAAUGAAGACAAUACAUCUGGUGACAUAAGAGAAAUGGGAUCACGACUCGCCAAGGAAGUCGACAAAUACUUGAAGAAGAAAAUCGUCAAAGCUUCAAGGAGUGGACGCUUAAAGGACAUCCAUCUUAGCUUUGUUGGCCAUUCUAUGGGGAAUCUCAUUAUUAGAACUGCUUUAACAGAAAGCAUCAUGGAGCCAUAUACAAGAUACUUGUAUACAUAUGUUUCUAUGUCUGGUCCGCACUUGGGUUAUAUGUAUAGUUCGAACCCUAUAUUCAAUUCGGGGUUGUGGCUCUUGAAGAAGAUGACAGACAUGCAAUGCAUGCAUCAACUAACUUUCUCAGAUGAUAAUGAUCUUGAGAAUACCUUCAUCUACAAUCUUUCCAAGAAGAUGACAUUGAUAAACUUCAGGAAUGUGAUUCUUCUAGCCUCACCUCAGGAUGGUUAUGUUCCAUAUCAUUCUGCCAGAAUAGAAUCGUGUCCAGGAGCUUCUUUGGAUUCCUCCAAACAAGGAAAAGUCUUCCUCCAGAUGUUAAAUAACUGCUUGGACCAACUCCGAACUCACUCUGACCGUCGUGUGGUCAUGCGUUUCGACAUCAACUUUGACACCUCAUCCUAUGGAAGGAAUUUGAAUUCAUUCCUCGGACGAGCUGCUCAUAUCGACUUCUUGGAGCGUGACAUCUUUAUCAAGUUCAUAAUGUGGUCUUUCCCAGAGAUUUUUAGUUAGCAAACAAGGGAGUUGAAUUUGCAUGGAAUUCACACCAUGUUGAUUUAGAGACACAGAGAAAAAAAAAAAGAAAUAA